GAAAGAUAAAGCUUUUACUUUGCAGCAAUUUCCCCCCAUAAAUAACAACAUUCUUGCUCCAUUUUUUGCUAUUAUUAUUCUCACUCAACCUCUCUGUUUUCAAAAGCUUUUAACUUCUUAUGGAUAUCUGCCAGAAUAUCCCCGUUUCCGGUGGACUUCCGACCAACUAUCCGCCUGAGCAACACCUUAUUUGCAGCCUUGACGAUCUUCUUUCCGGUCAUUCCAUGGAAGAAGAUGAUGUUAACAUGGAAUGGCUGUCAAUUUUUGUGGAGGAUUGUUUAUCUAGUAGUGGGAGUUGUAUGCCACCAGCAGCAAAACCCCAGAGUACAACUUCCACUGCAGAAGGUACAAACACAUCAGCAGAACCAAAGGAGAAAGAAACUCAUUUCCUUUCCACGCAUAAAAUAGUUGUACCUUGCAAGGCAAGAAGCAAGAGGAAGAGAAGCCAAACAUGCUGGUCUCAGCAGUACCUUAACUCCCUUCAGCAGCCUUGUUGGUUAGCUGAGAGUGAGCUGAUGAUUUUCCCUAAGAAAUGUACAAGUCCUCACAGCAGAGGUUCCGGGCAGGAGGAGGGGAGCAGCGGGCAGGGGCAAGGAAGGAAAUGCACACAUUGUCUCUCACAAAGAACCCCGCAAUGGAGGGCAGGACCACUUGGACCAAAGACACUGUGUAAUGCAUGUGGGGUGAGGUACAAGUCGGGCAGGCUGCUGCCCGAAUAUAGGCCAGCCAAGAGUCCUACUUUUGUGAGCGAUAAACAUUCUAAUUCUCAUAGGAAAGUGUUGGAGAUGAGAAUGUCUUUUUUGCCCUCCCCCUCAACCAAUUCAUCGUCUUCUUCCUAGUGAGAGUGAGGUCUUAGUUGUAAUUUUCCAUCUUAACCCGUCAUGUAGAAAUCAAUGAAGAUGGAUAAUUUUGCUAAAACUUCAAUUUUAAUUAAUUAAGUAGUUACUAGUUAGUAAUAAUAUACAAAUUUUGGUUUGAUGAUGAUAGUUUCGUUUUAUUUUGAGAGUUUACUUGCUAACAGGUCAAUUUUCGGAAUGGAAUAAAACAAUGAACUUGAAUUCCUUCUAUUUAUUAUAACGAAUUAGGUAUAAGAUCCAUUUAUUACAU